AUGCCCGUCAAGAACACGCGUCAGAGCAAAGCAGUCGAGCUUCCGAACAGCAUACGCGAUCUGCCGGAUGAACUGCUCAAGAACCACAUAACAGGAAGUUCGGUCGAUUUCUAUCACGAUCAGCCUAAAGAUCAGCAAGUGGAAGCGGUAUUGUCUCUGGUUCGCGGGGAGAACUGUUUUGUGCGCGCAGGCACUGGAUUUGGGAAAACAAGGAUAUCGGAGAUGUUCUUCAAUCUCUACGCGACAAAGGCAGUUGUCCUGGUUUUGAAUCCAUUGGACUCGCUUGGAGAUGAUCAGGUGAAGUGUUUCUUGUCCGCACCGAUAUACAUGAAAUAG